AUGGCUGACGAAAUUCAAAAAGUAAAAAAUGACAUAGCCUUAAAUAAUGCAGUAAUAUUUAUUGGUGCAGGUGUAUCUGUGUACACAACCAACGGUGAACAAGAAGUUUCUCAUUGGAAUGGAUUAUUAAAACAUGGACUUCAACGAUGUUAUCAAUCAGGAUGUAUUAAUGACAAAGAGUUUGAAGAUUUCAAUAACAAAUUCAAGAAUAACACAGUGGAGGUUAAUGAUUUUUUACAUGCAGCUGAUCGAAUUAAAUAUUGUUUCAAAAGGCAAAAUGAAACUAGAAAAGAUAAUGUUUACAAAAUAUGGUUAAUGGAAACAGUAGGAAAACUAUCAGCAAAAAAACCGGAACUUAUCAAAGCAAUAGGAGAACUAGGCAUUCCAAUUUUAACAACUAAUUAUGAUUCGCUUCUAGAGAAUGUGCUAGAUAAAAGACCAUUAACUUGGAAAAACUAUUAUAAUGAUGGAUUCAAACAUUCAUUGGAAAAUUUGAAACAUUAUAUACUACAUAUACAUGGAUAUUUUCAAGAACCGGACAGUAUGAUUUUCACUAGUGAUGCUUAUAAUCGAUUUUGUAAAAACGAAUUCGGACAAUCAAACUUGAAAGCAUUUCUGCACAAAAAAGCCUUAUUAUUCAUUGGAUACGAUAGCGAGAUGUUUGAUCCUAAAUUAUUGAAUUUAUUAAAAUGGAUAUCUUGCGUGACAAGUGAAAAAUCUUUGUCAAUUUAUAGAAUUAUUUCAUCGAAUACGCAUAAACGAUUUCAUCAAAUAUCAAAUACUUCAUUUUUUGACAAUAUAAAAGAACUUCAAUAUGGCAAUACUUCAGAAGACUUAUUACAAUUUAUAAAAAAUCUCAAAUCAUUUACAUCAUUAAUACGUGAACAUUUAUCAUUUACAGACGAAAAAGAAAUGAUUCGCAAAAAAUAUUUGAAUUAUCUUAUUAAGGAAUAUGGACAUAUAUCAAUACUUGGAAAUUCUAAUAGUAAUAUUAGUUUACCACUGCAAAGUGUUUAUGUCGAAUUAAAAUUUGAUCCAACACAUCCAUCGAUUAAAGCGAUGAAAACACUUGAACUUAAUGAAGAAUUUAAGCGUAAAUUUUUAUCUCAGGGCUUUUUUGAUACAAAUGAAGUGAGAAAACUGAAUAGAGCUAUUAUGGAACGAAGUACAUCUAAUCCAGAAACAAUAUAUCAAGAUUUCAUGGUAGAUCAAUGGUUAAAUGUUUUGUUAAGUAACAAAGACAUAUUUACUGAAAAUGAAGCAACUGCUAUUAAAAAUAAGGUGAACCGACUGAAACAAAGUAUAUUGACAAAAAAUUGUUUGAAUGAAGCAAAACAAUAUCAAAUUCAACAAGCAUACAAUAAAUUUAGACAUUUUGUAAUUCUUGGUCAUCCUGGUUCAGGCAAAACGACUUUAUCAAAAUGGUUAGUAAUGAACAUGGCUAAACAAUGCUUAGGUGAGAGAAACAUGUUAUUUGAUAAUACUUGUGAUUUAAAAGAAAAAAUACCAAUUCUUAUUCCAAUAUGGAAAUAUGUUGAUCAAUUAAAAGAAUAUCAGCAUAAGCAAAAAAUAACUUUGCUUGAAUUUAUAUAUCAACAUGUUACGCUUGAUUCAACAUUUUUCGAUAAUGAAGAUCGAAAACUAUUAUCAUUUUUCAUUAUGGAAUCAUUAGUACAAGGAAAUGUUUUAGUUAUUUUUGAAGGAUUAGAUGAAGUUCCUGCUCACAUAGAUAGAUCUGAUUUAAUGAAAGAAAUUAAUACAUUAUUAGAACGAGGAAUUGAUUAUGAUGUAAAAUGUUAUAAACUUACUUAUUCAGUUUAUGAACAAAAGGAAAUAAAUAAUACUAAAGAUCCAAAUAUUGGAAAUCGUUUUAUUGUAACAAGUCGAAUUGAAGGAAAUUAUUUUGAAGAAAUUAAUUUUUAUAUACCAAGAUUAACUAUUGAAGAUAUGUCUAAUGAUGCUCUCAAAUUAUUUUGCCGUUCAUAUAUGAAAUGUAUUGAAAAUAUUUCCAUGAAGGUAGGAAAACAUGUCAAAAAAAACAAAUCUAAUCAAUUAUAUAAGAAUAUUACGAAAAAUAAAGAUAUUUUUCAAUUAGCCAUUAAUCCACAAUUAGCUAGUGUAAUUGUUACAGUUUAUUGGCAAUAUGAAGAUAGAUUACCAGAGAAAAGAAUUGAUUUAUAUGAAAUAGCUAUUGGACAAAUGAUAGAACGAUUAAUCACAUCUGAUAUUAAUUCUUCAACACAUUAUGUAAGUCAAGAGUUUGGAUUAAAUAGCAUCAUACUAUGGUCAAUAAUGCAAGAAAUAGCUGAAUAUUUACAUAGUAAAACUGAAGGAUUAUCAGAGAAUAUUUUAAAAGAGAUAAUAAGAGUAUGUUUAAUAGAUUAUCAAAAUCAAUCAUUGAAGAAUCAAAAAAUAAAAAUUGAUGAUUUAAUUUCAAAACUUGUGAAUAUUUUUAAAUAUCAAGCAGGUUUACUCAAUGAAUUUGGUCAUAAUAGUUUUCGAUUUAUACAUCGUACAUUUCAAGAAUAUCUUGCAGCUAAAAGUAUUAUCUAUUCUUAUGGAAAACAACGAUCGGAAGAUAUGAUUUAUGAAAAUAUCAAAAAUAAAAUUGAUAUUCCUAAUUGGAGAGUUCCUCUAAGUAUGACAUUUGGAAUAUUAAGUAACUCUGUUCAGAAUAAUGGAAUAUUUAAUAAUAUUGUUACAAGAUUGUUAAAAGCUGAACAAGUUUCAUCUAAUACACAAUCUUCUACAAUUCUAAUGCCUUUUGUUCUUAUUGAUUCAUUAAAUGAUAUGUCGUUUUUAUCAAAAGAAACAGAAUAUGCAUUGAUUCGAAAACUAGCAGAUAUGCUUUUAUUUGACUAUAAAAAUAUAUCUGGUUUUUCAAGAUUAAAAGAACAUCAAGAACUAAUUCAUUCAUAUUUCUUGAAAUUGAAAAUAAAAUAUGAUAAUAUAAUGGCAGAUUGGUUUAUGGAAAAAAUAAAUCAUGAACAAAAUAUUGCUGCAUGUGCCAACAUCAUCUAUAAACUUAAGUGGUAUAAUCCAAUAUUUCAUGAAAUAUUUUUAAAAAAUUUACACAAUGAUUCUAAUAAUUGGAAUUGGCCAAUAGAUUCACUUUUAAGAUUUUAUUCAAGUAAAAUUAAAGAUGAUGCUAUUUUAACACAAUUGAAAUUCAAAGAUACACUAAGUAAACAUCCAGAAAUGAUCGAACAUAUUGUAAAGAGCAAUGAUUGGUUAUGUUUAAUUACAGCUCUUUAUGGAGGAUAUAAAAAUUAUAAUACUCCAACAACUAUAUCUGAAUAUUAUGAAAUUUCUCAAUUUCUUCAGUUAAGUGACAAUGAACGGACUCCAUUUAUCUUUUAUUAUCAAGAAGUUUGGGGUAGAGAUAAUCCAGCUUAUAGAAUGGCUGCCUAUCUUGAUACAGAGGUACCUAACGAACGAUGGGAAAAGAAGCCAAUAUUUGACAAAAAUGACAUCUACAAAGAAUCAUUUCUGACAAGUCAAAUACUCAAUUUACUCUCACAAGAAAAACCUGCUGAUAGUUUAAUAGAGCAAUUGCAAAAAGAAAUAAGCAAUCAUAACUUAAGCACAAGCGAAAAAACGGAAGUAUUAAUUGCGUUAGUAGCCCUAGGAAAUUACGAUUUUAUAAAAAGGAUUAUAGACGAAGGUGAAGAAACUAUGAUAAAAAUCUUGGAAAACAGAAUACAACAAUUAAUUUCUAUUUUAAAAGAUCCAAUCGCAAGAUGGUCUUCAUAUAUAGAAAAAUAUUUACUUAGAAUUUAUAAUAACAUGAACAUCAAUCGGUUGAAAUACAAUCUUAGUUUUUCAGAUUAUUGCAAAAUAUAUUUAUCGUUCAUAGUUAAUAGUGGAGGAUUACCAGUCGAUACUGAAACAUUAGCUGAAGCUAUCUAUAAUGUUGAAGAUAAAUGCUAUCUGUAUGCAGAAUAUUUUGCCUUUAAAUUCACUGGUUUCUCUGAUUAUUUCCGAUACAAUGUUGCUACCAUAGCAUAUAAACUUGCUGCAACAGGAAUAGCUGAUGAAAUUAUAAAAGCAUUUUUAAACAUUAAUGAUACAGUUCAAGUUUAUAGACCGAUUCGAUCAUAUCCAUGGGUCACAGAUAUAUUUACUUUCAAGUUAAACAACGAAAAUGAUAUUCCAAUAGCAUUUUUCGAUUGUUUAGAGAAUAUCAAUACAAAUGUACCAUAUCUAGUGGAUAGUAUUUCUAAUGUGUUCUUCAAGGAAGGAUAUUUCAAUAAAAAUCCUGAAUUAAUUCCAUUAGUAAUAUUGUUACAUUUUGGAAUAAUGUCAAAAGACUUAGAUAGAUUUAAGAUCUACAAGACUUUACUACCUGAAUUGGUUGAACAGCCAGACACCAAAGCUUUUUUAUUUGAAAAAAUUCAAUCAAUGUCUAAUCCUUAUUAUAAAUCGAGAGCAUUAUAUCAGUUAGCUGAAUUUUAUGAUGAAAAAAGUUAUGAACUAUUAAAUGAAUCUUUUAUAUUAACAAAGAAUAUUCAAGAUGCAACUUUAAAGUUUCAAGUUUUGGAAAAAAUUUUUAAUAUUGUUCAUUAUAAGGAGAUAGACCACAAAUUAUUUAUUCAGCAAAUAGUUAAUGAAUUAAUUUUAACAUUUGACGAUAUUGAAGAUGUUUAUAAUCAAAUUAUUGCAUCGAUAAGAUUAUCAUUUUAUGGAUCAGGAGAAUUUCGAAAAAAAUAUUUAACUACCGCAAUAGAUACACUUCUUAUCUUGGAAGAAGAUGAUAAUAAAAUCAAACUUAUUAUUAAAUUACAAUCAUUAACUCAAAUUUAUGAUGAUCUUCAAAUUAAUAGCAACGAUUAUGAUCAAAUUCGUGAAAAUGAAUUUGGACAAUCAAAACUGAGAAUACUUAUGGAAACUAAAACUUUGUUAUUCAUUGGAUAUGGUGCUGGAAUGUUUGAUCCAAAUUUUUCGAAUUUAUUGAAAUGUAUAUUUCAUGUAACGAGUGAAAAACCAAUGUCAAUGUAUAAACUUGUUAAAUCAAAUAACAAUAAAAUGUUCAAUCAAAUAUCAGAUGUUUCAUUUUUGGACAAUAUUAGAGAAAUUCAAUAUGGCAAUACUUUAGAAGAUUUAUUACAAUUUAUAAAAAGUCUCAAAUCAUUUACACCACUAAUACAUGAAAGUUUAUUAUUUACAGAUAAAAAAGAAAGUAUUCGCAAAAAAUAUUUGAAUUAUCUUAUUAACGAACAUGGACACGUAUCAAUACUUGGAUAUUCUAAUACUAACAUUAGUUUACCAUUGCAAAGUGUUUAUGUAGAAUUAAAAUUUGAUCCAACACAUCCAUCUAUUAAAGCAAUGAAAACACUUGAAAUGAAUGAAGAAUUUAAGCGUAAACUGUUAUCUCAUGGUUUUUUUGAUAAAAAUGAAAUAAAAAAAUUAAAUCGAGCUAUCAGAGAAAGAAACACCUUCAAUUAUGACACUAUUUAUAGAGAUUUUAUGAUUGAUCAAUGGUUAAAUGUUUUGUUAAGUAACGAAAAUAUUUUUACUGUAAAUGAAGCAACUGCUAUCAAGAAUAAAGUGAAUCAAUUAAAACAAAGUAUUUUAGAAAAAAAUAGUCUUAAAGAAGCAAAACAAUAUCAAAUUCAACAAGUAUAUUAUAAAUUUAAACAUUUUAUAAUCUUAGGACAUCCUGGCUCAGGUAAAACUACUUUAUCAAAAUGGUUGGUAAUGAAUAUGGCUAAGCAGUGCUUAGAUGAGAAAAAUAUGUUAUUUGAUAGCACUUGUUCUAUCAAAAACAAAAUACCAACUCUUAUUCCAAUAUGGAAAUAUAUUGAUCAAUUAAAAGAAAAUUCAAAUAAGCAAAGAAAAACAUUACUUCAGUUUAUUUAUGAAGAUGCUACUCUUAAUUCAACAUUUUUCAAUGAUGAAGAACGAAAAGAACUAUCAUCUUUGAUUAUGAAAUCAUUAGUACAAGGAAAUGUUCUAGUUAUAUUUGAAGGAUUAGAUGAAGUUCCUGUUCAUGUAGAUCGAUCUGAUUUGAUGAAAGAGAUAAAUACAUUAUUAGAACGAGGAAUAGAUUAUGAUGCACACUGUGACAAACUUAGUUAUUCAAUUUAUGAACAAAAGGAAAUAAAUAAUACCAAAGAUCCUAUUAUUGGAAAUCGAUUUAUUAUAACAAGUCGUAUUGAAGGAAAUUAUUUUGAAGAAAUCAAUUUUUAUAUACCAAGAUUAACUAUUGAAGAUAUGACUAAUGAUGCUUUGAAAUUAUUUUGUAGUUCAUAUAUGGAGUCUAUUAAAGAUAUUUCUAUAAAAGCAGGAAGUGCUACUAAAGAAUAUAAAACUGAUCAAUUAUAUAAUGAUAUAACACAAAAUAAAGAUAUUUUUUAUUUAGCAAUUAAUCCACAAUUAGCCAGUCUGAUUGCUGCAAUUUAUAAUCAAUAUGAAGAUAAAUUACCUGAAAAAAGAAUUGAUUUAUAUCAAAAAGCCAUUGAAAAAAUGAUAGAACGAUUGGUUACUCUUCAUGUUAAUUCUGCAACAAAUUUUCUAAGUCAAGAGUUCGAAUUCAAUUCUACUAUGCUAUGGUCAAUAUUGCAAGAAGUAGCUGAAUAUUUACAUAGUAAAGUUGAAGGACUAUCUGAGAACAAUUUAAAAGAAAUAAUAAGAAAAUGUUUAUUAGAUUAUCAAACACGAACAUUGAACAGUCUUACAAUAAACAUUUUUGUAUCCUCCAUAAAGAGCAACAAUUAA